AUGAUUGGAGCUACAGUGAUGAAGGCGCGCUACGAUUCGCCCAUCGGUGCCAUGCCCUCCAUUUGCACAUGCGAAAGCUGCAUCAACGAUUACCUCUACGUAUACGAGAAGCGGAAUGUGGCCGGUCUGCUUUCAUUGCCCGUCUCUUCGGCUGAGGUUAGCAAAGAAGUGGGAGAAGACUUCUACUUCUGGCUGCAACAGAACAUUCACAUAGUGUGGAUCGGGACAUUUUAUCGCCUCUUUGUCUAUCCCACCAAUAUGGCCUGGCACCUCCAACCCUUCGAUUCACCCGCCGAAGUGCCUUCCAGCAGCUGUAUUUGGGGCGUUACCGAGUCCGCAAAAGUUCGCUUCACCUGCACUGACUGCGGAAAGGUGUGGACCUCUAUAUCCGCGCUAGCCUCUUUCGCCCUCUGUGUGGAGCUUGAAGAGAGUCGGCCUAAGUGGAAUCUCUGGUUUUCUCUCCACGGUCAAACCUGCUCGAAUUGCGUCUCCCUCGGCUACACACCCAAGCCUCACUACGGUACUUGGUAUCCCCACGAGGUGUUCAGGGUAAGCACCCUUAACCUUACCGAAGUGUAG